AUGGUUGCACAAAGCUGCGGUAUUGCUUGUGAUAUUUACCAGCACUUGCGUGCCUCUGAGUCACCUAAUAAUUGUAACUUUAUCAAGGGUGUACAUGUAACACAUGUUUAUCUUCUAUUCCAACUGCAGGUGGCUGAAAAGUAUAGGCUUGUACCUGACACAUUAUAUUUGACCAUAAACUACAUAGACUGGUAUCUUUCAGGGAAUUUGAUGAAUAGGCAACGGUUACAGUUACUUGGUGCCGCGUGCAUGAUGAUUGCCUCCAAAUAUGAGGAGAUUUGUGCACCCCAGAUAGAAGAGUUCUGUAACAUAACUGAUAACACAUAUUUCAAGGAAGAGGUUUUGCAAAUGGAAUCUGCAGUUUUGAACUACUUGAAGUUUGAAAUGACAGCACCAACAGCUAAAUGUUUCUUAAGGCGAUUUGUUCGUGCUGCUCAAGGAAUAAAUGAGGUAUUGUUCUUGGGCUUGAGUGCUCAAUAUGUUUGCUUUUGUAUCUUCCCUGCCAUAUGCAAGUUGGAGUACAGUAUGCUUUGCUAUGCUCCAUCACUUAUAGCUGCUUUGGCAAUUUUCUUGGCCAAUUAUUUUCUUUUCCCUUCAAAGAGACCAUGGAAUUCGACCUUGCAGCAUUACACACUUUACCAGCCUUCUGAUUUGUGUGACUGUGUCAAGGAUCUCCAUCGCCUGUGCUGCGAUAGCCAUAAUUCUAGUUUACCUGCUAUCAGGGAGAAAUACAGUCAGCAUAAGAACAAAUAUGUGGCGAAGAAGUAUUGCCCCCCUACAAUACCUCCAGAGUUUUUCCACAGUUUAAGUCACUAGACAUUUGGAUUCCUGGUCCAAUGCUUCAGUUGGAUAUAGACUUGACAUCAGUUCACGGAUACUAGCAGCUAGUUGGUUCCAAGCAAUGGAAUUUUUUUUCUUUUUCUUUUCUUCCGUCAUUUUGUAUAUUGUCUUCUUUUUCAUGAUUUCAUUGUUAAUGUGUACGUUGGUAUUUUGUGCAUACUGUUGGGGGAUCUGCUGAUUCCACUGAUUCAGUGAAAUGUAAACUCCAAAUGUUGUAUGAUAUGCCUUCUUUCUUUCCCA